AUGUCGGUCAAGCGGGUCCUGGUUAUCGCAGGAUCCGACAGCUCUGGUGGCGCCGGCAUAGAAGCUGAUCAAAGAGUACUUGCCGCCCAUGGCUGCUAUGCCCUCACAGCCACGACGGGAUUGACCGCACAAAACACACUCGGUGUCCAGGACAUUUUUGUGGUCCCAUCGGAAUUUGUGAGAAAACAGAUCAAUGCAGGCCUAGAGGAUGUGGGUGCCGACGUAGUGAAACUUGGCAUGCUUUCGUCCGCGGAAACAAUCGAUGUUAUUGCCGAGACACUGCAAGCGCAUCGAGUUCCCGCCAUAGUCCUCGAUCCAGUUAUGGUGUCAACUAGUGGAGCGCAGCUUCUUCCGGAGAAGGCUGUAAAAGAGCUUCGAGAAAAGCUGCUCCCGAUCACUACCAUCCUCACACCCAAUAUCCCAGAAGCCCAGCUUCUAUUGAAGGAUGCUGGGCUAGAAGUUCCUGAGCCUGCUGACCUUUCUGAAUUGACUGAACUUGCCAAGAAGAUCUGCGCCCUGGGUCCAAAGGCUGUUCUGCUGAAGGGAGGGCAUCUUCCACUCACUAAGGAUCUCAAGACAACUCAGGACCCCAAAGAUGCAACCACUGUUAUCGAUAUUCUUUAUGAUGGCGUAACUGGGGAAACAGCUCUCUUCGAUACAGAGUACUUGAUAACCAAGAACACCCACGGUACUGGCUGUUCUCUUGCCUCGGCGAUCGCCGCCAAUCUCGCCAUGGGCAAGGAUAUGUCCCGAGCGGUGCGCAGUGCUGUGCGAUUCGUUGAGGCGGGCAUCAGAACUAGUGUUGAUCUGGGCAAGGGAAGUGGACCAAUUAAUCACUUCCACUCCAUUUAUACUAUGCCCUUUGCACCUGGUCGAUUCGUUGAAUAUGUCCUGGAUCGCCCGGAUGUUCAGCGGGUUUGGAAAAGAUUCACUCAUCACGAGUUUGUUGAGGGUAUGGGCCAGGGCACGCUACCCACGGAGCGAUUCAAGGAAUACCUCGUGCAAGACUACCUGUAUUUGGUCCAAUUCGCCCGGAGUAACGCACUGGCAUCAUACAAAUCGCAAAGCAUGAAUUCAAUAGCAGCAUCUGCCCAAAUUGUCCUUCAUAUUCAGCGGGAAAUGGCUCUGCAUCUAGACUACUGUGCUUCUUUCGGUCUCUCCAAGGAAGAGAUGGAAAUCCAUCCUGAAACUAUCGCUUGCACUGCGUACAGCCGGUAUAUUCUUGAUGUGGGCCAGUCCGAAGACUGGCUUGCACUCCAGAUGGCUUUGGCCCCCUGCCUGAUAGGAUAUGGAGCCAUUGCUCAGCGACUCCAUGCUGACAAAGGGACCCUCCGUGAAGGAAACCUAUUCUGGAAAUGGAUCGAGAACUAUGUUGCUGCUGACUACACCGAAGCCGUGCGACUCGGAUCAGCGUUACUGGAGGAGCACAUGCAUCAGGUAUCGCCCAGUCGUGUGGAGGCCUUGAUUAAGAUCUUUAUCCGGGCGACUGAAUUGGAGAUCAGCUUCUGGGACAUGGGAUUAAGUGAUAAGAAGAUGUGA